CUAGUUGAAGAAGAGAAAACCCCUUACUACGACCCCAAGCGAUUCUAUCCGGCGCGAUUAGGAGAGAUCAUUGAUGCCAGGUAUCAACUGACUACUAAGCUUGGGUAUGGUACGAGCUCUACUGUGUGGCUCGCGAGGGACCUCUACAGGUAA